AUGAUAUGUUUUUAUUUGAAAAAAGUUCUCUGGCCUCCUAAAAUAGUUACGGGACAUCCGCUGCUUUGUUUGAAGAUCUUAAUACCAUUGAUAACAUUAUCAUCAUCAUCAUCAUCACUUGUGAUGUUUUCAACAUCAACAGCUAAAACAACUGAAAUACCAAAAUGUGUUCGUAAAAUGAUCGAUGGAUUCAACUCUACACCUCGUCUUAGCCCAUAUAUCAGUAUUGAUAGCUACAUAUAUCGUGGUAAAACAACUUAUCUAGCUACAAGUAGCUGUUGUGAUCGAUUUAAUCCUCUUUUUGAUGGAGAAUGCCAUCAAAUAUGUGCUCCAUCAGGCGGUUUUAUCGGUCGUGGUGACGGUAAAUGCAUAGAUUUUGCGGAGAAAGCACAACAAUUGGAAAAUAUUUGGAUAGUACCACGAUCAUAA